AUGGCUAGAGAACGUGGUGAUUUGCUAUUCCCAAGCAUCGAAUCCGAGAAGAGAAAACACAAGUUAAAGAGAUUGGUUCAAUCACCAAACUCUUACUUUAUGGAUAUUAACUGUCACGGAUGUCACACCAUCACAGUUGUAUUCUCACAUGCUCAAACCGUUGUCUUAUGUAGCUCAUGCUCCACCGUUAUUGCUCAACCAAGUGGUGGACGUGCUAAGAUUACACCUGGAUGCAGAUUGCGUCACAAGGGAGAAUAA